AUGCACGCCAACGAAUAUCGCGCCAAAAUGUCAGCAAUGGUAAGUGACACUACAACCUACGUACCACUAACCGAAAACCCAACUGACAAAACAUUAUCACGAAUUAACGGCAUGGUCAAGGAAUGGUACACAAACAAACACAUAGACAAAAGAACACGGGAUAAAAUUCUGCUGUUCAAUUGUCCCCCACCACGCAUAUACGGGCUCCCGAAAACACACAAAGGAAACCGACCACUUCGCCCAGUGGUCUCAACCGUAGGCUCUGCUCCAUACCGCUUGGCCCAAUUCCUCGCCAACAUCCUCCAAAAGUUGGUAGGGAAAACCGAAUACCAUGUUCGUAGCAGCUUCGACUUUGCAGAAGAGAUCAGCAAAAUUCAGAUCCCGGAGGGUUACGUCUUAUUUUCUCUCGACGUCGUGUCGCUCUACACGAACAUCCCAGUACAAGACACAUACGAACUAAUCAAACGAAAAUGGGGAGAAAUAAGUCGCCACACAAACAUCCCGUGGCUCGACUUCUUGCGCGCACUCCAAAUCGUGCUGGACGCAUCUUUUUUCCAGUACAAUGGAAAGAUGUACAAGCAAAUAUUUGGGGUUGGGAUGGGCUCACCACUGAGCGGAGUUGUGGCGAAUAUUCUAUUAGAACACCUUGAGGAGGUAGUCAUCACUGAACUGAAGACCAAAGGAAUCAAUCUUAUCAUCUAUAAACGCUACGUUGAUGACUGCCUUCUCAUUGCUGAAGAAAAUAGAAUUGAUGAAAUCCAAAACGAAUUUAACAAACCCUUCGAGAGCAUAAAAUUCACAGUGGAAAAAGAAACAAACUGUUCUAUUCGCUUCUUAGACAUGACUCUCACCAGAAAAAACAACAAAAUAAACAAGCAUUGGUUCACAAAACAAACGAACGGACGAUACCUAGAUUUCUCAUCCGCCAGUCCCCAUGCGCACAAAAUGAACACAGCGAUUGCUUUAAUUGAUCGCGCACUAAAACUGACUGACGUAGAAGAAAGGAACACUUUGGACAUCGAGGAAAACAGUACCACACGCGACGGGACCUUGACGCGGACUCCGAACAAACCCAAAACGCAACCGACGACGAACCAAUCAGGAACGCACUCGAUGACAUCAUCACUGGACGACGGCUGA